AUGAAAGCCACCAAGCUCAAACUACCUGAUAUUGUGUCGUCACCUGUUAUUAGUGACGCUCUAGAAAAUGUCAGUUUUAGACGUGAAGACAAAAACCCAACUGGGGAACACCCACGCAAUCAGGUUAUUGUGACCAAUCAAGUCACUACAUGGAUUGGAGCUCAGAGGGCGUCACUGCAAGAUCCUGCUGUUGAUAAAGGAUCCGCUGGCACAGUAGAUGACUGCCGAGGAGAUGGUGGUUCCUAUGUUAUGGCAGCUCUUGGAAACACAUGGAGUCACAGUGUCAAUACACGCCUGAUUCUCCAGUACCUUGAUGAAUCCAGACGAGAGGUUUUGGUUGCCAAGUCUCCUAUUGCUCCAUUCGUUAGUCUUGUCUACACCAUCCAAGACAAAGGAAUCCAACUCGAGGUUGUCUUGAUAACCCUCCAGCUAGGGACCCGUUCGGUUGCAACGCCACCGUGA